CCAUCUACCGCCGAUGCUCGCUGGCUUUGUUGUUUAUUAAUUGCAGAUCUCAGCCUCACGUACCCGAAGUGCAAAAUCCGAGGCGGGGAAUCAAGAGCCGAUAUUCUAAUACCGUGCUAUCGCCGACUGGACGAUUCAAUCAUUCACACCGUUAUCCCCUACGCCUACACCUACACACGCACUUGAAAAAAGCAAUCAAUUUAGAAAACAUGACAGUAGAACCACAAGUCAAAGCUUAUCACAAACGCCCUCAUCGCAAAGUUCGAAGCGGGUGCAUAAUAUGCAAACGGCGGAAAAUCAAAUGCGACGAGAUCAAACCUCAAUGCUCCAAUUGCCAACGACACGGCUCUGACUGCUCAUACGCCAGACCUUCUAGCGACAGUGAACUUUCGAAAUCAAGAGAGUGGUCACGAGGUCGGACGUCCGAGAGCCCCGACAAUAGUCAGGGAAACAGUCCAGUGGAGACAUCUCAUAAAGAGACAUUCGCCGCCCACGAUGUAGCCCUCAUGCACCAGUGGAGCGUGGCGACGUGCUAUGGAUUUGGUGACGAGUUCCCAGGCGAAGUCGAGCCAUGGCGAGACGACCUUCCCCGACUCGCACAGCAGCACUCGUUUCUCAUGCGCGCGAUACUGGCCGUCAGUGCUUUACAUCUAGCCCGUACCAGUCAGUGUCCCGAAGAAAAAUCAAAGUAUCUGCGCAUCUCUGCACAUCAUCAAGACGUUGCUUUUCCAGAGUACAGGGAUGCACUCGACAAAGUGAACAAGGACAAUGCACCGGCUAUCCUCGCCUUCUCCGCCAUGCUCGUCGUGUACCAGUUUGCUACACCCCAAAACGGAAAAGCAUUUGCUACAGGGCGGCCGGAGUGGUUUUUCUUGCAUCGGGGUCUGGGAGAGGUGCCUGCACAUUGGCAUUGGUGGAUCGAAGACAGUUUUCUGUCGAGGCAGCUCGAGCGACGCAGGCUGCAUCCCGUGGAUGCAUCGCUCAACUCGGACGACUUCCGGCUCGUCGCGCUGCAGGAUAUGUUGUACGAGAAAUAUGGACACGGCAAGGAAAGUGAGCUGGCGGUGUGCAUGGAUGCUUUGUACUGGCUGCGGCAGGCUUUUGCGCAUACCUUCAACGCCAGCAGCCGGCUGGGCCCGAAAUAUGCCGUUCUUUUCUGGAUAGAGCGUGUACCGCAAGGCUUCGUGGAUCUUCUAGCACAACACGAACCGGCUGCCAUGAUUCUAGUAGCAUACUGCUCUGUGCUGAUAAAAAGAGCCUCGCAUUUUUGGUUCUACGAGGGCUUCGCAGAGCACGUCCUCACGGAAUUAUGGCCGCUUAUUGGAGAAGAUAAUCUACAGUGGAUCGAGUGGCCGCUGGCUGUGGUUCUCACAUGA